GAGGAAUUGAUUUUUUAUAUGAAAAAAAACAGAUAUUAAGAAUGAGAAUUGGAUAUUCUAAUAUUUUUCUUAAUCGAUUAUUUUCUCUGGAUGAGAAUAAUAAAACAUUUGUUGAAAAUCUUAUUUCACGAGGUUUUUCAGUAUAUGAAAUGAUUAUUUUAGUACCGAUUGCAGAAUCAUUACAAGGAUUAGAGGAGAAUACGGGUAUUCCAUGGAUGGAAACGAUUGAUGAAGAUUUUAUUCAAAGUCAUAUUUUAAAAUCAUCAAGUGGGUCGAGAUAUGGAGUUUAUAGAAAUAUUAAAGAAUUUACUACGAUUAAUGGGAAAACGGUUAUUAUUAAGAAUGAUUUUGUAUAUUCGGAUAAAGGAUUUUCAUGUAUUUGUCAUGCUAAAUUGCUUUAUGAUAUGUUAUAUUAUUCAGAAGAUCAGAAUAGAGAUCCAUAUCUUAUAUAUUUUCUUGAUAGACCUCUUGUGAAAACAUCAGAGAAGAAUAUUAAUGUUUCAGAAUCAAUUUCUAUAUCUAAUAAACCUAUUGAAAAAAUUACAAUUCUUCAGGAACUUCUUAAAUCUCAUUCAUCAGUAAUUCAAAAAAUCAAUCGAAUUAUUUCCAAUUCUUUAAAAAAAAUCAAUCUUCUUGAUAAAUCUGAUCAUUUGAAUCUUGUUAAUAAUAUUCAGCAAAUAAUUGAAGAUGCUAUUAUUUCUUGCUUAAAAAUGCUUAGGUCAUUAAAUUUAUCUAGUCUAAGGACUCUUUUAAAUACAACAACAUUAACAGAAGAUGAUAUUGGAAUCUUAGUUGAAAAUUAUAUAUGUAAUGAAACAUACGAUAUAGUAUUUUCUUGUCUAAAAGCUAUAUAUAAAGAUAAUGAUUUAGAAUUGAUAGAUUCUAUUACAUCUAUGGAACAUAUUAAUAUUUAUCAGCUUGGUUUACCAUUUGUUAAUAAUGAAAUCAAUGAUCGUAUUUAUGAUGCUAUUAAUUGUUUUAAACAAUUUGAAGAAACCAAGGUUCCUUCUGAAAAAUUGAAUAUUCUUAUGAAGACAAUACAUUUACUAGUAAGUAAUACAGUAAAAAUCCCUAGGGAAUCUCAACAAAAUAAAAAUUAUAAUGAAAAUAUGUUUCAGGAUGUAUCAAAUUUUUCGAAAGAUAAUCUAGGUGGUGAUUAUUUAAUACCAUUACUUUUAUUAGUUGUAGUUCGUACAAAAUUGAAUUAUUUAGAAACUGAUUUUAUAUAUAUGAGUCAUUUUUCAUUUUUAAAUGAACGUAAAGGCCAAGAAUUAUAUGCUAUAAGUUCUUUAGAAGCUGUUUUGCAUCAUAUUUUACAUCAGAAAGAUAAAUUGAAAGCUAUAAGUAACUAUAAUCUUAGAUUAUGGGACAGUGUUAAAUCUGGAGACAUAAAUAUUCUUGAUUCUGUUUUUAAAAAGGAACAUCCAAGUUUUAUUUCUAUGUUUUUUGAUGAUUUUACUUAUACAUCUAAAAUAUCAUCUGUUUUAAAGGAUAUUUAUUAUUAUAAAGAUAUAAAUGGGAAUUCUGCAAUAAUGCUUGGAAUAAAAACAAAACAGUUUUCUUCUAUAGAUUUUUUCCUUAAUCAUUCUCAAUUUUCACUUGAAAUUAUAUUAAAUGAUCAUGAUAUUGAGGGUUCUACACUUUUAAUGGCAGCUAUUAAAUAUGAAUUUAAAGAAGCAAUUAAUAUACUUUUGCAAAAAUUAAAGGAAUGCUCAGAAGAUGAAUUUACUAAUUAUUUGGCUCAAGAGGAUAAAUUGGGAAGAACUGUUUGUCAUUUUUUAUUUCAUGAACCGUAUCUCAUUUUAGAACUUGGUAUUCAUCUUUCUUGGAAAUCUCGUGAUAAAUAUGGACAAACACCAUUAUUUAUACUUUCUACACUUUAUGAUCAUCCUAAUUACAAAACAAUGUUUUUAAACGCAAUAAAAAUUGUUCAAUUGAUAGAAAAUAAUACUUUAAAUGUUGAUGAUCAUGUUGAUGAUAAUGGAAAUUCUCUUUUCCAUACAAUUAAUGAUUCAGAUUGUUUAUUAGCAUUAUUAGAUUGCAAAGGAGAUAUUAAUAAGAAAAAUAAUCAUGGAUAUACUCCAUUGAUUUAUCAUACAAAAUCUGGAAAUUCUGAAUUGGUUAAGAUUCUUCUGAAUGAUAAAAGAACAUAUAUAAAUGCAAAAGAUAAAAAUGGAUUUACUGCACUACAUUUUUCAGCUCAAGGAAAUUUAGAUGUUAUGAACCUUUUAACAGAAGUAAUAAAUAUAGAAGAACGAACAAGUUAUACGGGUUUGACUGCAUUACAUAUUGCAGUUCAAGAGAAAUCAUUGGAUUGUAUUAAUUAUUUGGUUAGAAACAAAUCGGCCAACAUUAAUGCCUUAGAUUAUAAAGGAGAUAGGCCUGUAGAUCUUGCUACAGAUCAAGAAGUGGUAGAUCUACUGGAUGAAUAUGCUCUUUUUAUGAAUAACUCAGGAAAGCAUAAAAGAGUAGUACGUGCUGUUAGAGCAAUAAUUGAUAAUAAUUGUAUUGUUAAAUUCAUUAUUAAAAGUGGAUUUGUCAAUGGUAAUCCCAAGAACCUUAUAACGGUUAUUCGUACAGUUGAGGAUUUUAAACUUCUAUAUAAAUUUUUUAUUCAUGAAUAUUCUGAGUCAUGGAUUCCUUCUUUUCAUAUAGACUUUUCACAUCCCUGUAUAAUACCUUCUAAACCUUCAAAAAGUAUAUUACAGGCAUUUCUUGAUUGUUCAAAUACUUUUUUACAAGCUUUAUUACAUCAUUCUACCUUUUCUACUCAUGAAUUGCUAUGGGAAUUUUUUACAGUACCAGAACAAGCACAUAUUAUUAUAGAACGAAAUCAAAGAAUGAAUAUUGAUAAAGAAAUUCCAAAGCAAUUGAUUUCUAUUGAAGAGGUUAAUGAUGCUGAUUUUUUCUUUAAACAUGCAAAAAAUAAUAUUGGGAAUAUGAAACAUGCAUAUUAUCGUUUAUAUAGAAUUUUAUAUAUUUUAGAAUUUAGUUACUUAGAUCAUCAAAUGUCAUAUAAAUUAUUUUUUCAUUUUUUACAAACUCCUUCUUUUAAAUUUCUUGAAAUUAAAGGACAUCUUUUUGUAAUUGAACAUUUUAUUGACAAUCUUGUUUUAAAGACACAUUUAAUAACUGAACUUAUUCAUACAAUACAACAAACUGAAAAUGUAUUUACUGGCCUUUUGAAUGCUUUUGAACGGCCUUAUCCAUUUAUUAAGGAAUUAAUCUCUUUUUAUAAAUCUUCUGAGAAAUCUCUUGUUAUUAAUAAAAAUACUUCAUGGCCAUUAAAUUUAUUAAAUAAUACAAGGAAAAAAAUACAACUAGCAACUACAAAAAAUAACACUCGUUCUAUGCAAACAUUAUUAAAACAAUCUGCAAAACUACAUUAUACACAUAUUAAUUUAAUUACCGAAUUGGCUGAUUUUUAUAAUACACAUAUUCAAAAAAUACAAAAUGCUUUAAAAAACUUUGCAAUAGCUACAUUACAACAAGAACGUUAUAAACUUAAUCAAUUACAAAGAACAUUUCUUAUUUUACGUAAUUACAAUAUGGAUUAAUUUUACAAAUAUUUAUUUGCCUCAGAUCAAGUGUAGAGAAUUUCAU